AUGCAAUGUACGAGUACUUCUCGAGAGCAUUCGGGGAUCUAGGUAAAACAUCGCACCGAAACCUUUUGCUGGUGCCUACUUUCUUUUUAAUAAGCUUUUAGCUGUUUGAGAUGAGAAAUUUAUGUAUUGUAUUGUACAGGGGAAUAAUAAUACAACGCUUUUUUCCAAGCUUGACGCCACACCUGCUUCAGAUUUACGACAGUUAUCCAUAGCUGAGCUGAGCGAGUAUUUAUCAAAAUCAUAAUAAUUAUUACAAGUAUCAUAAUUUUUUUGUUUUAUAGAACAAUUACAUAACUUCAUUCAACAUGCCUGGGGUGAUCAUGGCAAUGCAGACAUGAAUGGCAGAGUCAACUUAAGUCUAAAAUGCAGUGAAAGAACAUUGAACGUGCGGUUACUGGUUGCUGUGCUGGCACGUGUAUUCCGUGUGCGACUGUAAAUUCAUGGAUACGUAUCUUGCUCUUGAUUUUUGUGGCAUGCAGGCAGGAUGCAACUUCGAGGGUAACUGUUACUCAAGUGCAUGUGGAGGCGUUUGGUGUGGACAUUGUGAUGGCUGUUGACUGGUCUGGUUGGCAUGCUUUGGAGCGACUAAAAGAUUUGUGGAGAAGCAAGCCAGCGUAUUUCCUGAAAUUUCGAGUGUUUUCGCGGAGCAUAGAGCUGCUGCAGUCCGAUGGCGAUCGUCGAUUCUACGCGGAUCAUGAGUGCUGUGCUUUGGCGAACAGCACGUUAACCGUUGCCCUGUCCUGCUACGAUGCUUGCCGCCUGCACGCCCUAUGCCAGUCGUGCCCGGGCGGAAGCCUUUGUGCUGGCGUGGCCGCUGGUUUAGACCCGUCCAGGGAGACCGUUGGCGAGCUAUCCGCUGAGUCUCCUGACGGCUGCAUGUGCCACUGUGCAUGGGCGGCACGGCAAGCGGACGUGACGGCCGUCGCUCCGUCUGUGCUGAGGCCGCCCAUACGCAGCGACAUACUACGCGUGGGACGCACGCACCGGCGUAGGACUCUAGGCGCGCUGGACAAUGCCGGCACUGCGUGGUCAUGCCAGCGACGCUUUGUCACGUGCUGCGUCCGACAGUCCCCAGAGAAAAAUGCCAUGUUGUUUGCUGACUUAGCGGUGGAGAUGGCAGCAUUUCUCCGCAAUAGAAGCAUCUCCUUACGACUCUGUGGGGCUGUAGCCGAUCAAUCCUACGCAUCCUUGGUAAAAUCCAGGAUAGCUGAGGCAGGAGUACAGGUCGAAUACUGGGGAGGGUUUAGCUCAACUGACAAGCUGAUGGAGGCGUUUCAGACAAGCUUGCUGAACAUUCACCCGUCACUUCAUGAUGCAUUCGGUAUGACUGUUGUUGAAGCAGCAGCUGUUGCCACACCCAGCUUAAUCCAUGAUGAUAUUGCUGUUGGCGUCAGCGAGGUCUUCUCCCAUGGUGAGGUGUUCCGAGUCAACCUCUCAGCGCCAAUCAAACAGGUGGCUGAGGUGGUCCAGCGCUUGCUGUCUAGGCGUGUACACCUGGCCAGCGUGGGACGGCGUGCUCAGCACCAGGCCUUGACGUUCACGCAGACUGCGUAUCAACUGUCCUUGAGCGAGAUCAUCAAUCGAGUGAAUGCUGUGUAAUAAUUUGCCCCUUGAAAUUAAUUGAAUACAGCGCUUUUCGGUGGCAUCGUGCUUCGACCGCGUGGAUAGCAGUGAUGGCUGCAAUGACAGCCAUCUUGGAGCAGGGCAUCCGUGGCGAUGAGCAAACUCGUGUGUAGUCCAUACCAGUUACAUUGUGUUCCGAGGUGUGAAACUCAAUGCAUUGGCACCUUUGUUGGACAGUUCUCCCCCCCCCCCCCCCCCCCCCCCACUUCGACGCAUGGGAUUGGGGAUGACUGUUUCCAGUGCAUUCAGUGUAUCAUUAUGCAAUGUACGAGUACUUCUCGAGAGCAUUCAGGGAUCCAGGUAAAACAUCGCACCGAAACCUUUUGUUGGUGGAUUCUUCUUUUUAAUAAGCUUUUAGCUGUUUGAGAUGAGAAAUUUAUGUUUUGUAUUGUACAGGAGAAUAAUAAUACAACGCUUUUUUCCAAGCUUGACGCCACACCUGCUGCUUCAGAUUUACGACAGUUAUCCAUAGAUGAGCUGAGCGAGUAUUUAUCAAAAUCAUAAUUAUCAUUAUUAUUAUUUUUAUUUAUAGAACAAUUACAUAACUUCAUUCAACAUGCCUGGGGAGAUCAUGGCAAUGCAGACAUGAAUGGCGGAGUCAACUUUAAGUCUAAAAUGCAGUGAAAGAACAUUGAACGUGCGGUUACUGGCUGCUGGCACGUGUAUUUCAUGUGCGACUGUAAAUUCAUGGAUACGUAUCUUGCUCUUGAUUGUUGUGGCAUGCAGGCAGGAUGCAACUUCGA